GUAAUCGUGAGCGGCACUAGUACUUGCAAGCUACCUCGUCGAGAUAACGAUGUUUAUCAGGAGAAGAUACUAUUUGAGUUCGUGAAAACUGGUAAUCAAUUUAGUUUAGUGCCAUAUCAAGUGUCUCCGAGACAACAUCAUCAAAAGUAGCAACAUCGAAAUUUAUGAUGAACAACAGCAAAAAGGAAGAAUAUGUUUUCUACGGUGGAUCGACGGAAGAAAGUGUCGAAGCAGGUUGCCGUUCGCUAGGAGAACUUAUCAUCAAGCGCUUGCGCGAGAAUGGUGAUGAUGUUUCAUAUAUCGAUGGUCUUACCAAUGAAUCUAUCACCUACAGCGACCUGUUGGAGCAAUCGGUCCGAUUGGCGAACCGCUUCCAUCGUAUCGGCAUCAAGAAAAACAUGAUGAUCGCGAUCAUGUGCGAAAACCGGCUUGAGCUACCGCUCAUUGCUUUUGCUGCUACCUACAUGAAUGCUAUUCCGAUCCUACUGAACCCGGCUUAUACAUCGACCGAGCUCGAACAUGUUCUCAAACUGACUCAGCCUCGCGCCGUGUUCGUUUCUCCAAUAGCUGUGAAAACUUUACUUUCGGUAGCAAACACUGUUCCAUCGAUCAAGAUGAUCACUUUGAUCGGUGCAAAGGAGCGACCUCAUAAACGCGUCACCUUGUUCAGAGAGCUGUUCGAUAGAAACAAACUUAAAAGUGCCAGGACUUUUACGCCUCAGCCAGUAAGCUUGAAAGACCAAGUUGCCCUCAUGGUUCUAUCUUCAGGAACUACAGGUCUUCCAAAGGCUGUACAGCUGACACAUUACAACAUUAUGGCCGUUUUGGCUUACAUUCGUGAUGAUUUGAAAACCUUUUCUCUAUCACCAACUUCCUUGGGACUCGCACUGCUACCGUUUUUCCAUAUCUACGGCUAUAUGAUUCUGCUAAGUGCAUGCUGCAACAAACGCACGCUUGUAUCACUGCCUAAAUUCGAACCGAAGCUCUUUCUGUCAACCAUUGAAAAAUAUAAAAUUGCUUCUGCUGCGCUAGUUCCACCGCUGGUGGUAUUUCUUGCAAAACAUCCUCUUGUAGAGAAGUAUGACCUUAGUUCGUUGGUAGCGAUCAGUUGUGGUGCAGCGCCUCUAAGCAAGGAAGUCGAGGACAUGGUUCAGAAACGCUUGCCGAACUUGCUCUUGAUACGCGUUGGGUACGGCCUAAGUGAAACUUCACUUGGUGUUCUGACCAGGAACUUUGGAAAACCGGGAAGCGUCGGUAAGGUGAACCGCAUGUUUUGGGUUAAGGUGGUAGACCCGGACACAGGGAAGACAUUGGGUCCCAACCAGGUUGGAGAGAUCUGCGCUAAGGGACCUAUGGUCAUGAAGGGAUACCUCAAGAAUGACCAAGAAACGCGAUCGAUUAUAGACCAGGAUGGAUGGUUACAUACCGGAGAUACUGGAUAUUUCGAUGAGGAUGAAGAUUUUUAUAUUGUCGAUCGCAUAAAGGAUCUGAUCAAAUAUCGUGGCUUCCAAGUUCCACCAGCAGAGGUGGAAGCAGUGCUUCUCACCAAUUCGAAAAUCAAGGAUGCUGCGGUGAUCGGUGUGAAGGACGAAGUGAACGGUGAGUUACCGAUGGCAUUUGUGGUGGCUCAACCAGGAGUGGAGUUGAGCGAGAAAGAGGUUGUAGACUGGGUAGCAAGUCAGCUAUCGAAACACAAACAUUUGCACGGCGGAGUGCGAAUCAUUGCCGAGAUACCGAAGACGGCCAGUGGUAAGAUUUUGCGACGUGAAUUGCGCACAAUGGUGGCGAAGUCCAAGCUGUGAGAUGCUAUUGCAAGCCUUAUUAUCUCGUAUGAAUUUAGCCGGAGCGUGAUAAGCGAUGAAAUGCGAAAUUUGCAAGAUAAAAGGGGACGUAUACUCGGGCAAUAAACCAUUAUAAUUGAAUAUGAUAUAGCAGUAGAUUUAGAUCGAUUUUACACAUUGUUUUUACUUUUGUUAUGGGGAAAAUAUACGAUGAAAAAUAA